CCCCCCCUCUGGCCCCGGGUGGGACGGGGUCCCCCCUCUGCCCCGGGUCUCCCCACGACGAGGCCCGUGUCGGUGAGGCCCAGCCCUGCCCUCACCGCGCACCUCUGCCUCCCCGCAGGGGAGACCAUCCAGGGGCUGAGGAGCAGCCUGCUGGCCGCCAUCGACACCCUGUCUCGGGUGGACUCCUCGGUGGCCGUCUCCUCCGGCGGGGAGCUCUUCCUGCGCUUCAUCAGCCUCACCUCCCUGGAGUACUCGGACUACUCCAAGUGCAAAGAAAUCAUGAUCGAGCGCGGGGAGAUCUUCCUGAGGAAAGUCUCUCUCUCGAGGAACAAGAUCGCCAAGCUGUGUCAUCCUUUCAUCAGAGAUGGUGCCCGAAUAUUGACACAUGCCUACUCAAGAGUGGUCCUCAGAGUGUUAGAAGCAGCUGUUGAGUCAAAGAAGCGAUUCAGUGUUUAUGUUACUGAAUCACAGCCAGAUCAAGCAGGGCAAAAAAUGGCAAAAGCCUUGAGGAAGCUGAACAUUCCUGUGACUGUGAUUCUGGAUGCUGCAGUGGGCUACAUUAUGGAGAAAGUGGACCUGGUGUUAGUUGGUGCUGAAGGUGUAGUUGAAAGCGGAGGCAUUAUUAACAAGAUUGGCACUAAUCAAAUUGCUGUGUGUGCCAAGGCUCAGAAUAAGCCAUUUUACGUGGUAGCAGAAAGUUUCAAGUUUGUAAGACUUUUCCCUCUAAAUCAGCAGGACGUCCCAGAUAAGUUUAAGUACAAAGCAGACACUCUGAAAACAAGUCAGAAUCUAACAGAGGAGCAUCCCUGGAUUGACUACACAUCACCAUCGCUAAUUACGUUGCUGUUUACAGACCUCGGUGUGUUAACUCCAUCAGCUGUCAGUGAUGAACUUAUUAAACUCUAUCUGUAACUGGGGACUCUGUGUACAGG